AUGUCCGAGGAACCUUCGCAAGAAUCUGCAGAACAUUCUGACACAGAUCAACCUGAGUAUGUAUCUGUUCAGGAAGUUGAAGAAGUUAUCGAUGAGAAUGAUACAGGAACGCCAGAAGCUGAAGAUGAGCCUAUGGAUUCCACUAUGAAUGGAGGUGACAAUUCAGAAGGCACUAGUGGUAACGGUGUGACAGAAAAAGAGCAAGGGAACAUUGAAAUUGAUCUAUCCAACAAUUCUGUGGCGUACUUCGAUCAACACGAGGACUCCAUCUUCACCGUUGCAACUCACCCUACUCUUCCAUUGGCCGCCACUGGAGGAGGAGAUAACGCCACAUAUCUAUGGACUACGCACACCUCACCGACACGGUUUGUUGGAAAACUAGAAGGAUACACAGAAUCGGUGAUUGCGUCUGGGUUCACUUCAGACGGCAAGUACUUGAUUACCGGUGAUAUGACAGGUAAGGUGCUGGUUCAUAAAGCCAAGAAAAAAGGUCAAAUAUGGACGCUAUUUGCUGAACUUCAGCAGGUGGAAGAGGUUUCGUGGAUCUCUGUUCAUCCAAAGCAGGAUAUAUUUGCGUUUGGCGCUACGGAUGGUUCCGUUUGGGUCUACCAGAUGGAUGAAUCCAAUAGCCCCACUGCAGAUUUGGUCUUUACCGGUUAUUCACAUUCUAUGGAUUGCACUGCAGGAGCCUUUUUUGACGUUGACAACACCAUGGGUGAAUUGAAGCUUCUUACGGUAAGUGAGGACGGAUCGAUCAUUGGCUGGAAUUGCUAUACACAGCAGCAGCUAUUCAAGUUGAACUCCAACCAGAUGAAGGGAUUGACUCCUCCUUGGGUAACACUUGAUAUAUACGAGAAUAGUGACCAUAAGAUCGCUGCCAUUGGAUCGCGUAACUCUCAAGUGGUCAUCAUAAAUUUGGAUGCAGGCACCAUAGUUAAUGUGUUCACAGCACUGGAACUUGGACCUGAUGCAAAUAUAUAUGACGCUUCCAUUGAAGGUAUCUCGUGGUGUCGUUGUGCGAACUUGAACCUGCUAGCAGUCGGCUUAGUGUCUGGAGAUGUUAUUAUUUUUGAUACCCAUACUUGGGGUGUGCGUAAGAACAUGAAGUGUCAGGAUGCAGUGACUAAGGUGGUAUUUUUCAAAGAUUCUGCCUAUCUUUUAGGAUCAUCAAUGGAUGGAAAAGUUUAUAAAUGGGAUGCCAGAACCGGAGAGGUGGUUCAUACUUACGUUGGUCAUCACAUGGGAGUUCUAGGAUUUGGCAUUGAUUGUGGUAACAGAUUGAUUACUGCUGGGGAUGAAGGUGUUUCUUUGGUAUACGAUAUAUAA